AUGGCAACUGGAGAUGCCUUCGCACGUCUUCAUUUCGAUUUUCGAAUCGGAAUAAAAACAAUAGCGAACAUUGUACGUGAAGUUACUCAUCAUAUUUGGUCAGAAUUAUCUACAGUUUAUAUGCGGAUGCCAACACAAGAAGAAUGGUUGAAUAUAGCACAAAGAUAUGAAAUAAAUGCCAAUUUUCCACACUGUCUUGGAGCACUGGACGGGAAACAUAUUAGAAUAAUUAAACCCGAAGAAAGUGGAUCAAUGUUUUUAAAUUAUAAACAUUUCUUUUCUAUUGUUCUCAUGGCUAUUGUGGAUUCCAACUACAAUUACAUUUUUAUUGAUGUAGGGUCGUAUGGUAAAGAAUGUGAUUCAAAUGUUUUCAAAGAAACACAGUUUUGGAAAAAACUUGUUGACAAUACGUUAAACAUACCAUCCCCAUGCUCUAUAAUAAAUACUAACUAUAUAUUACCAUAUGUUUUUGUAGCUGAUGAAGCUUUCGCACUUCAUGCUAACGUACUUCGACCCUACGGUGGUAACGAACUCACAAAAGAACAAAAGAUAUUUAAUUAUCGCUUGACAAGGGCAAGAAGAUACGUCGAGUGUGCAUUUGGAAUAAUGGCCAACAAAUGGAGAAUUCUGCACCGAUCUUUAAACUUAAGUCUCGAUUUAACAGUUGCUAUUGUAAAAACUACUUGCGUUUUGCAAAAUUUUAUUCAUACAGAAGAAGGUCACGUUGAGCCUUUAAUCAAUCGAGACCGAUUAAAUAGUCCAUUGCAUUUAGAAGGCAAUAAUCUCACAGCAGACGAAAUUCGUCAAAAAUAUACUGAAUAUUUUUCCUCUGAUGAAGGAUCACUGCCAUGGCAAGAUAAAUACACAUAAAAAAUAAGUUCUAAAACUAAAACCCGACUACUAAAUUUUAAUCCAAAAAGUGUGAAACAAGGAAUUAUUCUUACCUGCCAUAUUGUUUAAAUAAACAAUUACAUGUUAUAUUUUUUUUCAUGUUUAUACGUAUUUUAUUAUAAGUAUUAGUCAUUAUCGUUUUUAGCAAAGCCGUGUCCGUAUGCUACUUAGCGCUAUUGAACUUAUGAUUGCUUGCAACUUAAAUCUUUUAUUGUAGAUGUAUUUAAUGUGGGUAACGACAAUGAUUAAUAUUUAUAAUAAUAUAUAGCUAUAUAGAAUAUAUCUAGUAAUCUGAAUUUUUGAAAAUUGUAAAAAGAUAGUAAUAUGUUGUAAGUACUUACCAUAUUCAUUUUUUUUGACAUUUGUCAUUUCGUCGAAGUCUUUGUUUAAGAUAGUAAAUAUUUCUCUCCAUGCUUCGUAUGUGAGUCUUUUAUCUUUAUAUAUGUCUAAAGUUUUGUCCCACAAUACCGGUCGUCCUUCUACUAAAGUUAUAAGUAACUCAUCAGCCAUUUUGUACUCUACGCUGCAAUACACGUCCACACCAAACGCACAACGCACAACAAAAACUGGGCUGGCUCAACCCUACUACACCGCCCCCCCGCCGCUCCGCAACAACGUUCGCCGCGUCGUGUCUUGCGCAGACAAGAUUUUUUUCGUGCACCGCUGCGAGCAGUGUACACAGUUAUUUUCUAGUUACGACACGAAUUCUUAGGUACGCCCGGCGUUUUUUCUUAGCGUGUACAAGCG